ACCACAGCUCCACUGUUCCAGGCCAACCCUGCCGCGAUAGUAAUAGGGCACCUUCCAGUCCAGGCCAGCCAGGGUCCCGGCGACCCUCCUACUCCUACCCCUCCCAACUGCCGCUGCCACUGUGCUCACCGAUUCUCAACGGAGGAAAUGGCCAUGCACAGCACACCACACCGCUAGGGUCGGUCCUCUACCUACCAACUCCCCCACUUUAACGCUAAUCUCCAACAGAAAAAAGGCCAAAGGCGACGGAGGCUGGACUCACUGGACUGGAAGCCACCCGGCCGGCCUCCUCCUCCUCCUCCUCAGUAGCCCUCACUCUCCCACACUGCUCACUGGUUGGUCGACGAUGAUAAAAACCUCCACACGAUAGGAAUCUCAAGCCAUCCUCCUCCUCCUCCUCCCGGCAGUUUCCUCCACGGCUCCACCACCCCGAGCCCAAGCCAACCGAGGCGCACGCCAAAGCGAGGGGCUUUGCCUCGAAUCCUGGGCGAGCCGACCCACGAGCCCCACCACCACUGCUUUCGCCUUUCCGUUCAUUUCAAGAACCGGCGUACGUACAUGGAGCCGGCGGCGGCGGACGGGGCCUCGGACGAGCCGGUGCACAAGGGGCGGACCAACUCCAUCCUGCUCCCCAUCCUCGCCGUGCUCCUCGCCUACCUGCUCUACCGCUACCUCCGCCCGCGCCUCCGCGGCCUGCGCCUCGACCGCCUGCCCUUCCGCGUCCCGGACUGCCUCCGCCGCCGCGGCAAUGCCACCCGGACCACCCUGCUGCCAUACUUCGCGCCCAUCGCCGACCGCCUCGGCGCGCUGCAGCCCUACCUCGGCCCCAUCGCCGACCGCCUCGGGGUCGGCGGCCCGCACGGCCACGGCGGCGGGUACGGCGGCGCCGACGCGCUCGUCAGGUUCCCCGGCGGCGAGGGCCUGUCGGUGGCCGCCAUCCUCGAGGCGCCCGGGGAGGUGGUGGCCAAGUCGUCGCACAGCACGCUCUACCGCGCCGCCAUGCGCUCCGGGGAGACGGCCGUGCUGCUCCGGUUCGUGCGCCCCGCGUGCGCCGUGGGCGCCGACGAGGCCGCCGCCGCCGCGCGCCGGAUCGGCGCCGUCAGCCACCCGAACCUCGUGCCGCUCCGCGCCGUGUACGUCGGGCCCAGGGGCGAGAAGCUGCUCGUGCACCCCUUCUACGCCGCCGGCUCGCUCCACCGAUUCUUGCAAGAGGGGAUCGCCGACUCGCAGAGAUGGAGCCUGAUCUGCAAGCUCUCCGUGUGCAUCGCCAAGGGGCUCGACCACCUGCACACGGGGAUGGAGAAGCCGAUCAUCCACGGCAACCUCAAGACGAGCAACAUCCUCCUCGACGCCAGCUACGAGUGCAGGAUCUCGGACUACGGCCUCUACCUCCUGCUCAACACCGGCGGCGCCCACGAGAUGCUGGAGGCGUCGGCGGCGCAGGGGUACAAGGCGCCGGAGCUGGUCAAGAUGAGGGACGCCACCAGGGAGAGCGACGUGUACAGCCUGGGCGUGGUGCUGCUGGAGAUGCUCGCGCAGAAGGAGCCCGCCGGCGACGACGACCGCGCGCCCAGCUCCCGCGACAUCUUCCUGCCGGCGUCGUUCAAGAACCUGGUGCUCGAGAGGAAGAUCUCCGACGCCUUCAGCUCCGACCUCGUCAGGCAGAGCAGGAAGUCGGGGAACGAGAAGAAGCUGAACGCGUUCUUCGAGCUGGCCACGGCGUGCUGCAGCCCUUCGCCGUCGCUCCGGCCCAACACCAAGGAGAUACUCAGAAGGCUUGAGGAGAUAGCAAAAUAAUUAACUAAAUGUGGGUAGGUUCACCAUUCAGACGUAGCACGAGGCAAGGCUCAAGGAACGACUGAACCUCUGCUGGACGGAAAAUUGGAGAAUGGAGGCACACGGUUCAGAUAUCAUGGAAUGUGUAUAGUCAGAGUGUAAGCGCAGUGGAGGCCAUCGUCUCAAGAAUAUACUCAUUGUACGUGAUUUAUUUUCUUGUGCUUUGCUUGAAACCGACCAUGUACAAAGUGUUGAAAGAGUGGGGAAGGCGUAUGCUGCAUGUUCAUGCAUCAAAAUCGCCAUGUCGAUGUAACCUUGGUCUGAUCUGAGUGUUAUAUCAGAUAUGAUUGGUAUAUAGGAGCAUUUGCUGUGCA